CUUUUGCUUGUUCUUCCUCUGCCUGUAGUGCCUGUUGUGUAACAUUGUUUUGAAGACUGUCUCACUGCAGUGACCUGAACACAUCCAUUAAACAGUGUUGGGUUUGUUUUUCUAAUGGUUGUGCACCCUUAAACCUCUGUUCUUUAAAAUUGCUCACUAGAAAGUUGAGCGCAGUCAUAAAAUAUUUAAAUUAGGUAAUGCUUGGCACUUAACAAUUUUGGGGAGAUGAAGCUGGAACACACUGUGUUGUCCAUGGUGUUGUUUCUAGGUCUAUUUAUAGGGUGAUAAAAUGUUCAUGAUUCACCGCUGAUGCCUGGGACAUUUACAGAGAUACUCCCCAGCCAAAACUGACCCAAGGUGCAGCUUGUACUGCUCCAGAGUUGAGGUUAAGUGAGAGGAGAUGUUUGAAUGCCAAGGCUGUACCUUGCCUGUGGUGGGAAUAUCACUGCUUUCACAUUGUUAUGUUUAAAAUGGGAAUCUCCCAAUGGUUUGAUAGCUUGUGUGUGCAUGCACUAGUGGAAAAAAUAAUGGACUGAAAGGCUGUGUUUAAUGGAUGGCCAGCUGGGAUGGGUGGUCCCUGUUUCCAAAGGAAACAUUACAAAAUAAUAGGCUGCAGAGUAGCAGCACUGUAGGCUUUGGGCUGGUAUUUAUGGGUGGAUUGCCAGGCAAUUGUCAAGGACAAGGAAAAAUAUUAGUGAGGUGAUGGUGUCCCAGCACACUGAGUAAACUGAUGGUUGUUUUGGUGCUCUCCCUGUCACUAUGGUGAAUUAAACAAUCUCUGCUCCUGGCUUUUUAUCAGUUAGCUUUAAGAGAACCUGUGGAGUUCUUUUUAAAAAAAAAAAAAUUAUUUAACCAGGAAAAAAUGUCUUCAGAGUGUCCUGACCAAGAAAGACAACAGUACAGUCAGUGGAGCAUAAACAAAUAACACACAAGCAGAGAUACAAUAAGAAACAACCAAAACGUUCAAACUUCCAGUAAAUACCAGUUAUUAGUGCUAGUAGAUGCAUGUGUUCUGUCUUUGAAAUAAAUGAAAGCAGAUGCCAUUGAGGUGGCCAGCGUUAUCUUACACCUCCUGAACAUGUUAAUCGCUGAGCUCAGCGCUUGUAAGACAAUAUUCCUAUAACGGUCAGAGCUGUAUUCAAGCAAAUGGUUGGCAGGCUUGUUAUUAGAUACACUAAUUGCUAGUUUUGCAUUAUUUUGUCCAACCCUCCACAUGUUCAUGUAUUGAGUUGUGUUCCCUGAGCAAAUUUCGUUUAUAGCAAUAGUUGUAAGCUAUUACAGAGCUAAACUAGCAGCACUGACCCACUGUACAAUCCUGAGUAGUUUGAGUGCUUUUCUGGAUUUUUCUCUGGAAGUUUUGGUUUCCUGCCUUGGCUCAUAUCAUAUUCUCAAGAUGUCAGUUUGAUACGUUGAAUAAAGGUGAAAUUAAAAUACAAAACAGAAGUCUCCAGACAUUGUUGGGAGAAUCUGGUUAAACAUUGUCUACAGUUUUGUGCUCUCCUUCAACAGACAGUUGUCCACUCUGUUCUCACAUAGGCAAACUUGGAGGUGAGAGACUUUUCAUUGGAUGAUAUCUAGAAACGUUCCAGGCUAUUGUGCAUGUGGGAAACUGGCUUUAAUAUAUCCAGUAAUGCAGCUAUUAGGCUUUUUCCCAACCACCUAGACUGAUGGCAGUGCCUAUAAAUAUAGCAGUUAAUUAGGGUUUGGAAUUAAACUGCUUCCAGUUUAGCACCAGUAUCAAAUUGUCCAGUCCAUUGCAUUCUUGUGGCUCCAAGCUGAUCAGUGCCUUUUAAUCUGGGCCUUCAUUAUUUCCUGACUUUUGCAUAUUUUAUAGAGGGACAUCAAACUCAUGGAAAAAGGUUUUUGCACAUCAUAGUCACACACAGGCCUUCUAAAAAACAAAACUCUGUUUCUAAACUGUGCUCAGAUUCAGGCAUAGUAAAACCUCUGUGUCUAAGCUGAAAAACUAUGUACUUGGAUGAUUGAUCAUGAAUCAAUGAGGGAAUUGAUAAAGAAUCAGACCAGCAGGCAGAAGAGAUAAUGACAUUGUUAACAAUGAUAUCUUAUCAGUGUCUUUCACUAAAAGCUAUGAUAAUGAGUUUUUAGAGUCACCGUGAAGUGGGAAAUACACUCGAUUUGGUAUACAAAUGAACAAGUUUUGGGUUUUUAUGUCUUUGGGUAGGAAUGUGUGUUGAGAAAACAUCUAACAAAGGUUGUUCUUGCUGAGGAGUUCAGACAUGUUCUAGCCAGUCGUGAUUCAGUGGAGCCUUGAGGCGUCUUUUAUAUCAGAUGUGUUAUGUUUUUAAAAAAAAAAAAAAGUUUGUUCUUUUUUUCCCCCCACCCUAUUUUGGCAUGUUUGCUGUUUAUUUUUGUGUGCAGUGAUUAUUCAGGGUGUCUUAAUUUAAAUCAGUUCUGGUUUAAACUGGUAAGAGGUAGAAGUAUCCCAUUCAGUAUUUGACUUUGGAGGUACACGUGUGAUGUGUGGUUCAGUGGGAGGAGGCAAGGUGCUUAAAUAAGCGGCACCCACAGAUUGCUCUGUAACUUGAGAGGUGGGCUAUAAAUACCCCCUAACCUUUCCUGCGUGUGCCUGUUUGUAUGCGUUCGUUCAGGGCUCGGUAAAGGCGAGGUCUUCUGUUGGAGGACAAUACAGCUUUGGGCUUGCUCGUCGGGCAGCUGUCAGUCUUGGCUUCACAGGUUGUUCUGUUGCUCUCAGGAAAUGCAGAAGACUGUUCUGUGUUUUGAUUUAAAGCGUUCUGCCGCUCUGCUCACUUCCGCUCGUUGUUAGAAAACAUGCCACAGCCUCUAACACAUUUGCUGUGUUCGAGUGACUGCCCAAUUUUCAGACUUCAACACUUCUCUGAGAUUUCUGCAGUUCCAGCAGCAGCCCCUCUUUCCAGCCCAUCCGCAGUCAGAUCCCCAUACCCACUGCACAUGUCAUGCCAUCCACGGCCGGAGCCCCGGCCUCAAAGCCCCAGUCAUGUGUCCAGGAGGACUGCCUGUCCUCAGCUGCAGGUCACAGAUCUUCCUCUGGCUCCAGAACCCCAAGCGGCACCACGUCAAAGUCCUCCUCUCUCUCCAAAUCAGCAUCUUCGCCCAACUUGGAUGCUGAAGUUGGCCUGGGAGGAGAUCCCGUCGGGGUAAAGCCCGACUGCCUGAGUCGAUACCGUAGUCUGGUGAAUGGGCUGGACCACUCGCUUUUCCCAACAGACCAUACGCGAUUGGACGAGGGCCACAGGUUUGAUACUCCUGCGGUGGAACCUACACUGAAUCAGUCAGCCAUUCUGGGUGGGUUAUGCCCUGACAUGAGACUCCGGUUACAGACCGGGAUUAGAGACACUCCAGACUACGUGUCUGAGGCCUACAGAGGAAGUUUGGAGCACAGCUAUAAAGUUCUGCCUGAAGCUAGGCCUGGCGUUCCUGGUACUGCAGAAGCCUCUAAUCAAAGGGGCGGACAGCCUGGUGUGGCCGGAUCUGCUGGAGUUUAUACGAGUCCUCUUAGCCUUCAGACGCAGGCUCUGUUGAGAGAGCACGCAGGCUCCAAAGGUUAUGACCCGCUGCGGCAGGACAGAUGCAGUGAACUUCCAAGCUGGCAGCAGCAACAGCAGCAUAAACAACUGGAAAGCUUACGCUUGCAAAUGGAACAAAUGCAGCUAAUGGGUGGAGGAAUGGGUCAGUACCCACCUCUAUACUCAACACCGGUUCACUCUGAGUCGGGCAAGUGGGACGCGCUGGUCAAAGCCAGCGAGAGCCUGCUAAAGGAGAAGGAGCUUAUCAUUGAGAGACAAAAGCAGCACAUGGCCCAGCUGGAGCAGCGUCUGAGGGAAAGCGAGCUGCAGGUUCACGGAGCCCUCCUGGGCAGAGGAGCUUCUUAUGGAGAUAUGUAUAUGCUGCGUCUACAGGAGGCUCAGAGGGAGAACGCGUUCUUGAGGGCGCAGUUUGCAGAGCGCACAGACUCUGUUGUUCUGGAGAAAGCAGAGGCAGAGCGCAGACUCGCGGCAGUUGAGGCUGAGAUGCGGCGACUGACCGAGAAUCUGAAGGAAGCCUGCGAGAGGCACACGGAGGAGAUGAAGAAACAGGAAGAAAGGAUCCGCAGUCGAGACAAGCACAUCAGCAACCUGAAGAAAAAGUGUCAGAAGGAGUCGGAACUGAAGAGGGAGAACCAGCAGCGUAUUGAGACUCUUGAGCGCUACCUCGCUGACCUGCCCACCUUGGAGGACUACCAGAACCAGAACAAACAGCUGUUGGAAGCUGAACAUCAGGUAGCAGAGCUAGAAGGGAAAGUAAAAGAACUGGACGACUGUUUGGCGACGACAAACUCGCAGCUGAAGGAGAAAGACUCAUACCUGGAGGAGCAGAAACGCAGGGAGAGGGACCUGCUGACCACCAUUACUGAUAUGCAGCAGCGGGUACAGCAGGGCCUGGAGGAUGGAGCCAGACUCCCUUCUCUGGAUUUUGAGAAGCUUAGAGGAGAGAACAACAGUUUGAAAGAGGAGCAGCAAAGACUCAAAAAGGUUAUUGAGAAGCAACACAGGAUGAUGGAACAGCUUGGAUCACAGAUCCAGGCUUUGGAGGAGCAGAUAUCUCAGGAAGAAAGCAGCUCUCAGGCUCUCAGAGAGGAGGUGCUGGCCAAAGAGCAGAACAUGUUAGAGCUCCACACAGCCAUGAAGGAGCUGUCGACCCAGAACCAGGAACUAAUGGAGCAGAAUUUGACGCUGCAGGAGCAGAUGAGCGAUCCAGAGCAAAAGUGCACUAACCAGGCUUCCUCUGUCCUGCAGCCAGCUGGGGCUAAUCUCACAAAAAGACUGCAUACUGAGAUUGCUUCCUGCCUCAGUGACCUGCGCUCACUGUGCAGCAUCCUAACCCAGCGAGCCCAGGGACAAGACCCCAACCUGUCCCUGCUCCUUGGCCUCACUUCACCCCCAUCCGUGGCAGAGCACGGCGAGGACUGGAUGAAUCCUGAGGUGCUGCAGAAGAAGCUGGUCGAAGUCCAGCAGCUCCGGCGCGAUGUCGAGGAGCUGCGUAACGUAAUACUGGACCGUUACGCUCAGGACAUGGGAGAAAACUGCAUAACUCAGUAACCUCGACAACCAGCCACGAUGGAGGAAACUUGCGGGAACCUCUUCAUCUCGGAGGACUCUUAACAAGCUUUUCUUCCACGCUUUGUUCCUGAAUGUCAGAGGACUGGACUAUAAUUUCCUUGAAACGAGGACAAAGGAAAGCCCAUAUGGUUUAGCUUCUACUUCUCGACUGACUGCAUGUCGAGUCUCAAGCCUGCCUGUAGCUCAGAGCCCCCACCUCCCCGCCCCCAUCCCAUUGAGUUCAUCUAUUUCAGUCCAAGGGCUAACAGAAUAUAACUUACCUCUAAUACUUGAUCCUUAAGCAUUGUGUGUCUGUGUGUUUGUGUGCGCACGUGUGGGUUUUUUUUGUUUUUAUAAUGAUGACGACAUGAUGCUGUCAGUUACCAAAACAGUCUUAUACUUUUUAUUCCACUUUGGUGGAAAACUCUUUGUGUAGAGGUCCUGCAAAUAUUAACUUAUUUAAAAUUUAAUUUCCCUCCAAAGGGGAAUUAUCUGAGAAGUAGUUGACAAUCAACUGAAAAUAUUUAACCUUUGCUUUUUAUUUUUGCUUUUUUUUUCUUCCUUUUUUUAAUGACUUUGCAAGGAAAUGUUACUAAUGCGCCAUUUGAAAUGGUGAACACUGUAAUACUGGACUCUGCUGUGAGGUAUGAGGCAUAAUAACUAAAAGAGGUUUAAUACCAAAUCAGCUUCUCACACCAACAGGCCUACCGUAUACCAAAGAAACACCGGUCGAAGCAGUCGUGCAGGUGUGCGAGCACUCCUCGCUGCUGCAGGCUUCCUCCUGAAUGAAUUACCAACAUGUGCCUUUCUGUCGCGUUUGCAACUGCAAUGCUAAUUUCAUCCCAGACCAACCACAAAGGGCUGAUUGCAGCUGACUCUUCCAGUAUAACCGUUCACUCAGUGUGUCAACCAGUAGGACAGUCAAUACAUUCCCUCUGACACUGAAUGUAGUAGGAAAAAAAACGUGUUGCAAAGCUCGAGUUGGCCCUGGUAGAUGAUUAAAACACGGUGAAAGUCUGAGCGUAGAUAUAGCGUAGAUUUCAUGUCGAUGACAGCAGACUCGCAUUCAAGCAGAGCGGUGAACUGUUUGAGUAAAUGUAUGAAUGAGAAACAGUAUUAAUCUUCAGUAUUAUUUAUUGUUAUUUUAGGGUUUUUUUGUUUGCAUUGAAAACUCAGUGUGAAAGUUUUCUGGGUCUUCCUAACGUGUUGUUGCUGUAAUAAUGUGCUAACGUGUCUCAGCAAGCAUCCACAGUGUGCAAAGGUCCCAUGAAGUGUCUGUUAGAUUGUAUUAUUUCUUUGUGGUUUGAGGUGUGAUGAGAUGGGAUGUUCCUUCAGGCGUUUUGACUGUGGAGGUGACUGUGGAGGGGUUGGCUGGAUCACCCCAUAAUCACGGGUCACAUCGAAGUGAAUGGAGUUUUUGUAUUUGUCCUGACGGUGAGAUAAGCCAUUUAAAAGGGGAAAACAAAAACAAAAAAGCAUGACACUUUAUGGGAAGAGAAAGGGAUUUUAACAUAAAAAUAUGCAACAAUGACUUUUAUUAUUCUGAACACCACCCAGGGACACACAAGCCAUUUUUCAUUUCAUGGGACCUUUAAACUUGAGUAGCACAAGAUUUCUCUUUGAAAAGUCGGGCUCCGCAUGCCUUAACAUCUCAAAUGUUUUGCAAAAGGGAAAAAAUAUGUUUAUAUUUUCAUACUUCUGUCCUUGUUUGUAUUUGCAUAUUUUAGAAAUAAAGAUUUUCGACACUUGGUUUUGUUUUAA